CUGUCAUCGCUGUAAAUCUCUUCGUUUGUCGGAUCGCAAUUUGGUUUUGCGGGCAUGGCGUAAUUGAUCGUCUUUGGGUUUAGUUAAAUCAGUUAUAUCAAUUUCAGUUGAUAAGUCGUUGAGCACUUGCUGUCACGUUGGGCUUUGAAUUUGUUGUCUUUAUACUAAAAGCAAAAUUUUUGUUUUAAUUACUUGUACUAAAAAAAAAUUCAAUCAAAUAAAUAUAUAAAAUAGUUUUUCUUACGUGUGAAAAAAGUGUGUCAGACAUCAUUAAAAAGCAACGUGCAAAGGCAAAAGACAAAUUUACAGCAAGAACAACAGAAAAAAUGAAAAGAAAUAAAAAUAAAAUAAAGUAAAAUAAAUGAAAACAGAAGACUACAGAGAAAACGUUGAAAAUCAUUUUUAGCUUUCGUAAGGCAGCUGCAAAAAAAGAAAUUGUAAAAAACAGAAAGAAAACCCGAAAAACAGCAAGCCUACAGAAAAGUAAAAAAUGUUAUAUAUUGCCGAGGAGAAAAAGAAACUGGGCAACGACCAAUACAAGGCACAGAACUAUCAGAAUGCUCUGAAGUUGUACUCAGAUGCCAUUUCGCUAUGUCCAGAUUCGGCUGCCUAUUAUGGCAAUCGUGCCGCCUGUUAUAUGAUGUUGCUCAACUAUAACAGCGCCCUUACGGAUGCCCGUCAUGCGAUUCGUCUGGAUCCCAGUUUCGAGAAGGCUUAUGUGCGUGUGGCCAAGUGCUGCCUGGCACUGGGCGACAUCAUUGGCACCGAGCAGGCAAUUAAGACUGUCCUGGAAUUGGAGCCGCAGAGCUCGGCUCUCACUAGCGAGCAGCAGUCCGUGCAGAAGCUGCGCCAAUUGGAGACCACUGUACAGAACAAUUACGACACACAAGCCUAUCGGAAUGUAGUCUUCUAUUUGGACAGCGCUCUGAAGAUAGCGCCUGCCUGCCUUCGAUAUCGCUUGCUGAAGGCCGAGUGUCUGGCUUAUUUGGGACGUUGUGAUGAGGCCUUGGAUAUCGCCGUUGGCGUCAUGAAACUGGACAGCACUUCCGCUGAUGCCAUUUAUGUUCGUGGUCUAUGCCUUUACUAUACGGACAAUCUGGAGAAGGGUAUACUGCAUUUUGAGCGCGCACUGCAACUGGACCCCGAUCACCAGAAAUCGAAGCGCAUGCGCAGCAAAUGCAAGCAGCUCAAGGAGAUGAAGGAAAAUGGAAAUAUAUUGUUCAAGUCGGGACGCUAUCGGGAGGCACAUGUCGUUUACACCGACGCACUGAAAAUUGACGAGCACAAUAAGGAUAUUAACUCUAAGCUACUUUACAAUCGUGCGCUUGUCAAUACGCGCAUCGGCUCACUACGUGAAGCUAUUCUUGACUGUAAUCGCGUGCUGGAGCUCAACGCGCAGUAUUUGAAGGCGCUGUUGCUGCGCGCCCGCUGCCACAAUGAUCUCGAGAAGUUUGAGGAGGCGGUAGCCGAUUAUGAGACAGCUCUACAGUUGGAAAAGACACCGGAGAUAAAGCGUUUACUGCGCGAUGCCAAGUUUGCGUUGAAGAAGUCCAAGCGAAAGGAUUAUUACAAGAUAUUGGGCGUAUCACGCACUGCGACUGAGGAUGAGAUUAAGAAGGCUUAUCGCAAGAAGGCCCUGGUCCAUCAUCCGGACAGGCAUGCGGGCAGCAGUGCCGAAAAUCGUAAAGACGAGGAGCUCAAAUUCAAAGAAAUCGGCGAGGCCUACGCAAUUCUUUCCGAUGCUCGCAAGAAAAAUCGUUAUGACAGUGGACACGACAUCGAGGAGCAAGAACAAGCUGACUUCGAUCCAAAUCAAAUGUUUCGUUCGUUCUUCCAAUUCAGUGGGGGUCGAAAUGCAUCCUUCAAUUUUGAUUAUUGAGCUCGAAGAGGAGCAGAGGCAGACACAGUCUUGCCAGCCACACCGCCACACAAUUGCGACAAUUCAUGCACAAAUCGGAGUCUGCAUUUUACACACUUACAUUAAUUUGUCCCAAUACACAACACAUCCAAAAACCCGACAUCAGCAAGUUUCAAAUAAUUCUGGGGUUUUUCUCUUUAUGUUAAGCGUUUCGCUUUCCAUUUUGGCAUGCAAAACAUCAUUCAAAAUAUAAAUAAAUUGUAAAAUACUAAAACUUGAUCAUGAUUUUCUCAGUCAAGGGUAUUUGAGCAAAGCAGUCUUAAAACAAUUAAGUGAUAAUUAAUUACCUAAGUCUCUGCCUUGUAUGUAACCAAUUAAAUUUGUUUUAAGCAGCCUCAAAAUUGUGUGUUUUAUUAGUUAAUCGAAUCGCUCUAAUCCAGGACACUCCAUAUUGAAUAACUGUAUAUUAGCAUAUAAUUUAAUCCAAAAUAUAUGUAUGUAUUUGCUUACAAAUGUUCCGUAACUUCAACAAUGCUCACUAUGUUCGCAUUAGAUCUAAGAGUUGAGAUUGAUUUAGCAUAUUUGUUGAAUACUAAUUCAAUUCGCUUUAUAAGCCUUGUGGGAAAGCUAGAGAUGAUUUUAAAUUGUGUACCUCGACAAUUCCGUUAUUUCGUUUGCCAGUUAAGUCUACAGAAAAUGAUCUUAUUUGUGACUUAAAUCUAUUGUAUUACUUAUAUUUUUAUUUAAGAACUUUUGUAAUUAAUGGCAAAAAUAAUUCAAUGACAAGAGAUAUAUUAGAAUUGGAACAUAUUUUGAAUAAUAAUAUAAGUAAAAUAGAAGUUUUUUCACAAAUAUGACCAUUCAUUGUCUCUCGCACGAUCCUAGUACCUAAUUUUUAAUUUACAAUUAUAACCAUCAUCUCUCCUAAAUGUUCAAAUUUUACUGCGCCUUAACUUUUAUUAACGAAAUUUGUAUGCUCUUUUAAGUAUGUUUUGGCUAGGCCUAAUAAGUUGAUCUGUUGGCACAAAAUAUAUUAAAAAUCUAUCAAAGCA